AUGGAAAGCCCGCACAUAAACUUCCCUCUAGGUCUAGUUUCAGACCAAAAAAGGAGUGGGAUCCAAGAGGAUGGGAGUCCUCCGUUAAAAAAGGCAAUGACAGAAAUGCAUGUAAAUAGCAAAGUACGAGUUGUAAUAAAUAAAUUGCCAACAAUAAAGAAGGAAAACUUGGACGAAUAUGACGAAACUCCUGUGGAGGCUGAUGGGGAAACCGCCAAGCCAAACAGUGCUUCACUAUCUGAACCUUUGAAUUUAAAUCCAGGUUUGAAACACACGUUGGCACAGUUCCACUUGAGCAGCCAGAGUUCGCUGGGUGGACCGGCAGCUUUUUCAGCUCGUUAUUCCCAGGAAAGUAUGUCACCCACUGUCUUCUUGCCUCUUCCGUCGCCGCAAAUUCUUUCUGGUCCGCUGCUCAUUCCUCCGGACAGCUCCACAGAACUCACCCAGACUAUACUGGAGGGGGAAUCUAUCUCUUGUUUUAAAGUCGGAGGGGAAAAAAGACUUUGCUUGCCUCAAGUGCUGAAUUCCGUUCUCCGAGACUUUUCAUUGCAACAGAUCAAUACGGUGUGUGAUGAACUGUAUAUAUACUGCUCCAGGUGCACUUCCGACCAGCUUCAUAUUCUGAAGGUUUUGGGAAUUCUUCCAUUUAAUGCUCCGUCCUGUGGGCUAAUUACGCUGACUGAUGCUCAGAGACUAUGCAAUGCUUUACUACGUCCUCGCACUUUUCCGCAAAAUGGCGGGUUUCUCCCUGGUAAGAACACCUUGGCCCAACUGAAGGAGACUGGCAGUGCCUUUGAAGUAGAGCAUGAAUGCCUGGGCAAGUGCCAGGGGUUGUUUGCACCUCAGUUCUACCUUGCGCCGGAUGACCCGUGUAUCCAGUGUUUGGAGUGCUACGGGAUGUUCUCCCCCCAGACCUUUGUGAUGCAUUCACACAGAUCCCCAGACAAGAGGACCUGCCACUGGGGAUUUGAAUCGGCCAAGUGGCACUGCUACCUGCAUAUUAACCAAAAAUACUUAGGAACGUCGGAGGAGCGGGAACUGAAGCAUCUCUUGGAGGAAAUGAAGGAGAAAUUUAGCGAGAAAAAUCAGAAAAGAACUCGGUCCAAAGCAGAUUCACAGCAGAGCCUGGAAUUAUCGCAGUGGUAUCCAGUUAUAAAGCAAGAAGCAGAAGCUGAUCCUCAACCACCCUCCUUUUUCCAUCCCAGUUACUACCUUUACAUGUGUGAUAAAGUGGUUGCCCCAAAUGUAUCUCUUGCAUCACAAUAUAAGGAUGUUGCAAAAACAACAGUCAAAGUUUCAGAAGUAAAUAAAUCCUCAGCUGGACAGUCAGAGAAGAAGCUCAGUAGUGGAAAGCACAAAAAAGCUGCCUCCUAUCCAGAGCUUUCUCUUGAAGAACAGGAAAAAAUUGACUUGAAAACUGGUGUGGAGCAGCAUAAACGUUUAGAUCCACCUGUAUCAGCUCGUUCCGCAAGAGGUGGAAAAUUUGAACGUGUUUCUUCCAAAAUCACUAGAGACUCUAGCCGUGUUGAAGUAGGUAAUGAUGUGCGAACCUUGUCCCCCACACUCAUGAAGGACAUCAGUUGUGAAGAUGACAAGGGAAGGAUCAUGGAAGAAGUAAUGAAAACCUAUAUCAAACAGCAAGAAAAACUAAAUACUAUUUUGCGGAGGAAACAGCAGCUUCAAAUGGAAGUGGAAAUGUUAAGCAACUCUAAAGCUAUGAAGGAGCUAACUGAAGAGCAGCAGAAUUUACAAAAAGAACUUGAAUGUUUGCAAACAGAGCAUGCUCAAAGAAUGGAAGAAUUUUAUUUUGAGCAGAGAGACUUGGAGAAGAAACUGGACCAAGUGAUGAAGCAAAAGUGUAGCUGUGACUCCAAUUUAGAAAAGGACAAAGAAGCUGAAUAUGCAGCACAGCUAGCAGAAUUGAGACAGAGAUUGGAUCAUGCAGAGGCAGAUAGACAGGAGCUUCAAGAUGAGCUGAGACAAGAACGAGAGGCAAGGGAAAAGUUAGAGAUGAUGAUAAAGGAACUGAAGCUACAGAUCUUGAAAUCUUCGAAAAAUGGAAAAGGAAAGUAGAAAUUGGAAGAGGAAGCAUGACUGCGUCCUUCAAACAGGGUGUUUUGGUUUUUAAUGAAUUGUGAGCAGUUUCUCUGUGAUAAGAAGAAAGUGUUCUCUAUGGAUUUCUAUUUCCCAGACAAGGCCAGAUGAAGAUAUACACAUAUAUAAAUACAUAGAGAUAGAUAGGUAUACAUUUUUAGAUUUUCCUAACCAAUGAAAAUCUGCAUUUAUUUGUACUGGUGUUUUUCUCAAACGAUGAAAAAUAUGAAACUCUUGAUUUAGAGUGAA